CAAACACGUUAUCUUAUCAGUCACCAUCGGAGCGUCACUGCGGAAAGUGGGCGGGCCGUUUAAGGUUUGCGAAGCCUGAGGGUGAAUGAGUGACAGUUCAUCCAUCCUCCGCUUUAACAGAGCGCAUGGGGCACCAGCCAGGAUCCGAGCGGAAUUACCAGAUGAAAACUUUCACGGAAUCACAAUGAAUUUAAACGACACCUUCCAACCCACCCAGGGACUUACUGGUUGUUGUAUUUCAUUAUUAUUUUUCAAACAGUCAUGCCUUUUUUGCGCGCGUGUGUGCGCUCAAAUGUCGCCUGUUGUACUUCAACAAGUUUAAUAUGCGGCCAAAAGUGAAUGAUCUAUUUUAGAAGAUGAUCGUAAGGAAGUUGUUUCAUGCACUGCCUGUCUUCGCUCUGACACUUUUCAUCCUGGUUUUGCUGGAUUUGCAACUGCGCUCCCGGAAUGACCAAAACCCCACCGCGCCUUUUGCGCACGAAAAGACUCCAUCUAUAUCAAGAACUACCGCUGUGACCCAACAAAGAGAUGUUGUUAAUAACAAACAAAUUCCAAAACGUCAGAAAUGGAGGGAGAUAAAGCCACAACCACCUUUAGAACUCACUGACAUCUUCAUUGCAGUGAAAACCACUGGCCGGUUCCACAAUACCCGCCUUGCUCUUCUCCUGGAGACCUGGAUCUCCAAGACUAAAGACCACACGUUCAUCUUCACAGACAGUCCAGAUGAAGAAGUUUCCUCUGAAGGAUUUAACAUCAUCGUCACCGACUGCCCGCCGGAGCACAGCCAUCAAGCUUUAUCCUGCAAGAUGGCUGCAGAGUAUGACCACUUCAUGGCCUCUGACAAAAAGUGGUUGUGUCAUGUUGAUGAUGAUAACUACCUGAACCCUAGAGCACUUCUAUCUCUCCUGGAGGCCUUCCCAGCGGACAGCGACAUCUAUGUGGGCAAACCAAGCCUGGAUCGGCCAAUGAGAGCCCAGGAGCUGUUGGAAGGAAAUAAGACAAGGGAUGUCCAUUUCUGGUUCGCUACAGGAGGGGCUGGUUUCUGUCUGAGCAGGAAGCUGGCAGAGAAGAUGGCACCCUGGGCAAGUGGUCCCAGGUUUGAGCAGACCUCCGCUAUAAUCAUGUUACCUGAUGACUGUACAGUGGGCUUUAUAGUUGAGAGGCGUCUGGGAAUCUCAAUGGUCCAUAGCAACAUGUUCCAUUCUCAUCUGGAAAACCUACUUCUUCUUGUCCCUAGCGAUAUCCCAAAACAGGUGACUCUCAGCUAUGGAUGGUUUGAGAAUAAAAUGAACAGUGUUGAGCUAAAAGGAGUUUUUACCAAAGAUGAAGAUCCGUCCAGGUUCAGGACAGUCCAUUGUCUUCUGUACUCUACAACAAGUUGGUGCCCUGUAGCCCUCAAAAGCGCCUUGUCAUGGAAUCAACAUGUUCUCCCAUGAUGCAGUGGGCUAAAUGGACAAUAAUCAUGCAUAAUGUGAGAAUUUCAGUGCAUAAGUGUCCUUACAAAGCAUUUGUGUGACAAGGAGCAAACAAAAGCCGAAAGCACUGCAUUUUGGUCAAAUGAGGAAACUGAGAAUCCUCAACAUUUAACUGAGCCAUUUUAUUGUUAUUGAAAUUGGAAGUGUAACUUCUGUCUACACGCUGCACAUUUUGUUUAUUAUAUGACCAUUUGAUUCCUUGAAUCCUAAAUAUAUUUGUGAUUAUUAAAUAACACAACAACAAAUCUCUGUCAAUGCACUGUAUAUUUGUUUGUAAGUGUAAAAAUGUUUUAAAAUCAGUUCAUUUGAUGAAUUAAUUUGUUUUGAACAUUUUUUUAAAUUUAAAGAUUUCAAAACAGGGUAAUCUCAUUUGUUUCUUUUUGUUAUCACUUGUAUUUGCACUGUAUGUAUUUUGAUUACUGUAAUACAUUUGUACUGUGUAUGUUUUAUAUAAAAACACUUAAGAUAAGUGGAUAUCCUCUAAG